CUACUGGCAAGAAUCAGUUUCACAUAGCUUCACCAGUAAAAUGACUUUCUGUAAUUUCCCUCCAAAACAGAAGUUCCUUGGUUUCACUACUGUUCUCAUUGUUGUAUUUUGCUGCUUCUCAGGCUAUGCAGCAGACAACCCGGGGGAGAGGUUCUUUAAUGCCUUGACAUGCUUCAGCAAUAAGUUUAUUUAUUCUGGUUGUAACGAAGCGUAUAGAUUGAACGAAAGUGGAAACCUUAAUGUGCCUCCUGAUGCACUUGAUUUGUUCUGCCAUGGACCUUGUCUAGCUGAGACACAGCAAGUCCUGAAGUGCGUUGAUAGCAUGUUAUCAACCUUCAUUUUCAACAAUAAGGCUACAACAGCAGACAUUAGAGGUGCCCUCCAUGACGGCUGCAGCUAUACCAGCCAAAGAGAUGAUGAUAAGCUUCCCACAUCUCGUAAGAAGGGUUGGAAGCACUUGAGACGUAUAUUCAAAUCCUUCAAGAGCAGUGAUGAUGACUACUACAACAACUAUUACAAAUACCAUGUUCAUUACGAUGACUACAAGAAGCAGCAGCAACGUCGCGGCAGCGCAGCAACCAACUCGUCAGCAGUUGAAGAUGAUGACGAAAAGGGGAAGGCUUUUAAUGCUGCUUGUGAGGAGUUCAUAGAGAGGCUCCAUGCUAGGUGGAUGCUUGAGAGUCAAAAAUCUGCUCAACAAGCGUCCAGGGACAUGCUUGAUCCAAGUGCCUAG